UAUAUGGAAAGAUUAAAACGAGACACUUACACAUCCAGCCAGGAAGCUUUAGAUUAGGUAUUGGUCCUGGAUUUGGUUCCUCCAUCUCUUCUCUUUGAUCCUCAGCUGGCUUGUCUUUGGUGCUCAUACCUUUUUUGCGUCUUGAUAAGUGGAACGACCCAUGUGGGAUCUUUUUUCCAACACGUCAUCAUCUGAUAUCUUUCAGUUCCUAACUGCUCCAUCCUGGUAUUCCCUCCUCGGCUCCUCCCUUAAACAAAUUAUUCAAAAACAUUAAUCCCAUUACUAUAGUCUAGAUUUAUAACUAACUUGACACAUAAGCAUUGAGCAGCCAUGAAAUAAAAGAAAUCUUAAGCGAGAUGCUAUUGAGCUUCGAAGCUUCUGCCUCCAGUGCCUCCUGGCACGACGGUUUCUGUUGGGUCCUUCCUAGAUGGAGAGAACCAAGUGGGCAUGAGACAUAAUAAUUCUCAUGACCUUAAGUAAUUAGUGAUGUUCCCCUUUGCACUGUAGACUCACAAUAGUAGAGUUUAGAGAGCGAGAGACAAAAGAGAGAAAGAAAAGAGAAAGAGGAGAAAACUCGUCCGGCUAUUUCAUGAUCGGGCUGAUAUUUUGUGGAAGCUUCUUCAGUCAGUGGGUUAGAGGUUCACCGAAGAGAUUUGGAUUUCAACGGUUGGUUUUUCUGUUGUCUGGGUUUUAGUGAAGCUGGUCGUCACAGUUCUUCAGCGGGAUAGUCUUGGGUGUUUGGUAAAUCCGACGUCUCUGGAUGCCGGAAUCCUUGUGAGCUGAGGUCGUUUGGUUGCUGCCGGUUUUGAAGCUUUGUGUUGCUCUCUUGUUGUUGUUGCUUGUGUUGGUGAUAGCUCUUUGUAGCUAGACUCUCUGUUCUGUUCAGGCUGUUGAACAGGGAGGACGUGGUUGUACUCAUACCAUUUAUAUAGUGGAUUUUUGAGUGGACUACGGUCUCGUGGUUUUUCCUUCUCACAUCGAAGAGGCUUUCCACGUAAAAAUUGUGUGUCUCAUUUACGUUUUUCUGCAUAUCACAUCCCGUCAUCGUCAAAGUAUUUUUUUUCACAGGUUCACACAAGGUCAGGGGAACACGACCAUUAGUAUUUCCGCUGCGCCGUGUGAUUUUCCCCAACGACGGUUUCUCCCUUCUUGGCUUCUCGUCUAGCUAUUUCUUCUCUUGGUGAGAUGCUAUAGCUUUUUUACUUUCAACACAAGAUUUAAAAGCGAUUGGAUAUAUUUUCAAUUUUAUUAAUAAUUACAUUUGAUAUAUUAAUAUUCAUACAUAAAAUUAGUCUUAUAAUAUUAUAUUUAAAAGUUUAUAAUAUUAUAUAUAUUUACAAAUCUUGUAUAAAUAUUUAAUUUAUAUAUUAUUUUAGAAUUUUAGUAUUUUAAAAAAUAUUUUUUCUUUUAAUUAUUUUACGAAUCUUUAUCCGGAUACCCGUAAGUAAUAUAAUAUUUACACGAAUAUCCGAAAUCCGGAUAUCUGGAAGCCACCAAUCCGGAUCUAGAUAUUAAAUCUACGGAUCCGAAUACCCUAAAUUUCUCAGAUAUCCGGAUCCGUCUCACACCUAUGUGCAUAGGCUCCUAGCAUAUUAUUAUAGAAAUAUCUUUUUUCAUUUAAUUUAAUUUUCAUAGAUACAUAAACUAUAUCAAAAAAAUUCUUAAACACUAAAUUCUAUGACAAAAAAUAGAGUUACAAAACAAGUCAUCCAUAUUGUUUUCCAUGGAGUAAAACAUAUUAGACCCAAACGUACAAUCAAUAAGAAGAGUCUUAUUUUUAGAAAGGCAUAUGCUCCAAGUCUAUUUUUCGUAUUCAAGUCUAUUGAUGAGUCUUAUUCACGGAUAGUACAUUCCAUCAAAUGUGGGGUACGUAUUCAUAUCCUAAUUUAAUUAUUAUCCAUAGACUAUUAUUGACUUGAAAGGUUGAUGAUUUCUACUAAAUUAAUUAGCAACAAAUUAUUGUUAAAAAAAAUCAAAUAGUAUUGAUAUAUGUUUUUUUUUGAAUAACUCUGGUAUCUGGGCAGUCACAUUCCCAACUAUCCCCCGAAAGGGGUCCAGCGCCCCCAACGAAAGGAAUGUUAAAUCCGUUGUGGUCAAGGCUCGAAGCCGGGUGGCGGGCAGUACAGCUGUACCUCUUUUACUCAACAAAUUAUUGUUAAAAAAAAUCAAAUAGUAUUGAUAUAUGUUUGCAUCUUAUGUUUAUUAUAUAGUAAAUGGCGUGAAUAACCUUUCUUUUACUACUAUUUCAGUUGAAGUUAAUAUCACCAAAGAAAUAUUGCAUUUUUUCAAAAUUCUCGGAUGAUCAUAAAUAAUUUUAUUUAAUCCAUUUCAGAGAAAAAUAAAUCAUCCGACGCGUGAGGAUAUGUAUAGCUCACCAUUCAAAGCUUAAAAAUGGGAACAUUUGGUAGACCGUAAUUAAUGACUUAAUAUGUAUAUUCAAUGGAUGGCACAUAAAUCACCCACUAUUCAAAGCUCAAAGAUCACACGUGAUCACAUAGUCCAAACCAACUAGAUAUUCAAAUAUACAGAAACCUCGUUAUGGCAAAACAAUAAAGCCUCUUACCAAAUUAAAAUAUAGCCAAAACAAAUAUGGUAACUUUGAUACGGACGUGAAUUCGAGACUUGGUCACUAUUGUGUUAAUUAGCAUGCAGAAAAAGAAAUAACCGUCCUUGACCAUUGACCAACACUUGGUCCUAUAUAUAAUAACCGUACACUAUUCCGCUAAUUCACAAGCUCCUUUCCUCUUUCUCAUACCGUAAGCAACAAGAAACACAUUUAAUCAAAAGCUAACCCUAUUUUAUAACUCAAUGCAACUCUCCAAGGAUCAAGAGACGCCGCCGUCUUCGCCUCGCUCACCACCACCGAAGCUGAGUACGGUGGCGUGCCCCUCAAGAAAGCCAAGGGAGAGGACUUCGAGCCCUUUUUCUGAGGUGUUGAGACGCAAGCGACCACCGAUGCUUAACCGAGAGUUGUUUCCUCAGGCUCCACCGUGGAGCAGAGAGGCGGUGAAGACGCCGCCGUAUGAGGAUGUUGAAGCUGAGAAAGAUGGAGUUUACUCCGUUUACUGCAAGAGGGGAAGGCGCAGAUCUAUGGCGAUGGAAGAUAGGCACUCCGCUGUGGUUGAUCACGACGGAGGAGGUCGUAGAAAGGCUUUCUUCGGCGUUUACGACGGUCACGGUGGAUCCAACGCGGCGGAGUUCGCGGCGGAGAAUCUCGGUAACAACAUUGAGGCGGCGGUGGCGGCGGCAGCGAGAUCCGGAGAUGAAGGUUACUCGAUUGAGAGAGCGAUAAGAGAGGGUUACCUCAAGACGGACGAGGAGUUCUUGAAAGAAGGCUCGGGAGGCGGCGCGUGUUGUGUAACCGCUCUUAUAUCGAACGGCGAGCUAGCGGUUUCAAACGCCGGAGAUUGCCGGGCGGUGAUAAGCCGCGCUGGAGUUGCGGAAGCUCUUACUACCGAUCACAGUCCUAAUCAAGAAAAUGAACUCAAAAGGAUCAGAGCAUCGGGUGGUUAUGUUGACUGUCAUCACGGCGUGUGGAGAGUUCAAUGCACGUUAGCCGUCUCACGUGCAAUAGGAGACGAGUAUCUCAAGAAGUGGGUAAUAGCUGAACCGGAAACCAGAACAUUAAAGAUUAAACCGGAAUUGGAGUUCUUGAUCUUAGCAUCUGAUGGCCUUUGGGAUAACGUAACGAACCAGGAGGCGGUUGAUGUGGUUCGACCAUACUGCAUAGGCGUGGAGAAUCCAAAAACACUUCCUGCUUGCAAGAAACUAGCGGAGCUAUCGUCUAGGAAAGGGAGCUUGGAUGAUAUUAGUGUCAUCAUAAUUCAGCUAAAACAGUUUGUGGCAUGAUUCUAGUAUUCAGCUAAACUUGAUUAAAAUCAUUAGGUCUUGACUUAUUGAUAAUUAUGUUCGGUAUUUAUAUGUAAAUAUAAGUUUCAAACACAAUUUCAAACUUUUAAUAUUAUUAUUCUUGGG